AUGAGGAGGACAACUGAAUAUACAAUCGUGGGCCCUCCACGGGACCCUGCUGGUCAAUCUCCUCCAUCCGCUUCAAAAUCUUUGCCAAUCCGAAGGGACUCGAAGAAUCUAUCUGCCAACUUGCGCAGUCUCUAUCGCAUCUCUGCCCAACCUGGUACCGAGUCUCCGCCUUUUCAGCAACAAUCUCAGCCGCCACUCUCUGCUGCUUUGCCAACCUCUCCUCAGUUGCCUCCUACACCUCCUGGCGCAAGUCAUGGAGAAAUUCCUACUGCCACCACCGCCGAGGAAGCUACUUCAGAUGCUAUGUUUAGGUCCGCUUUGGUGACGCCAAUCAACCAGAACAGCCCGCCAACUCCUGACAACACACCUCCGCGUGAGAGAAAGCUUUCCUUUGCUCGUCCCUUCCUCGGCACCCAGCCUUCAAUUGCUUCCACCCGAACCGAGUCCUUCACCACUGCUCAGGAAGAUCUUUUCUCCGAAUCCGAAUCUGACGUUCGUUCGUUGCAUAAUGAGCGUGGCUUCGACCUGCCGACAUCAACUGUGAAUAAGUUUGGAGCUGUUCCCCCUAGGAAUCGACACAACAAGUUAGGUCGAUCUCCCUUAAUUAAUGCCUACGAUCAAGAUAUUUCUCAGAGUCGUGGAUCCGAACAACUCUUACACGACGAACUCAAAGAGGUCGACAAUUCCAAUCCUCUAGUUAGUGCAUCGAAUAUUGGAUCUAGCCCUGUGCCCAUCAGCGCCCGUUCUCUUUCACAGUCUCCCGCCAAUAAAUUGCCUAUCUCAAUCCACAAGUCUGAGCCCAAAGCUUCGGGACAACAGAUGUCUCACACAGACGCGGCACACGACGGGGUGAAACGAGGCAGAAGCCUGCGCGAUAGGCUUCUCGAGGCACAGAUACAGGAUCCGUCCGCAUCAACGGAGCGAUUUGCAAAUAUCAUUGGUUGGAAUAACUCGGUGCCCAUUAUCGACUCUCCAGAUGUAGCUCGACAAGCCAUUGACGAGAAUCGACGAUUCUCAGGAAUCUCUACAGCAUCGACAAUCGAAGCAUAUGUAUUCGAACAUAGCUCACUUCCCAAAAGGGCAAGCACGUUGCGCCAUGUCAACAAGCAUGAGUCCCUGAGAUCAGUUAGCUCUCCCUUACCAACCUCCAAUCGCAAUUCUAUGCAUUCAAACUCGGAGUCGCCCCAUCGCCUGGUCCAUAAAAAGGCUCGCCUAAGUAAUCAGAAUCGUUGGAGUUUUGGUUCUGAAGUCUCGAGGUCGUACAGUCUGGCCUCAAGUGCGGUGCUUCCAAAAACAGAGAUAAUCAGAGUCGCUGUGAUUCCUGAACGAAGCUCGUCAUUAAGCUCAUCUGCCAACAGCAGCAAAAGGGAAUCUCUUUCCACCGAGUCCAAGACCUCCCAUUCUCGCAAGGCUUCAGAUCCUCCUCCAACCUCCUGGCACCAUAAGAGAGCAUUUUCAGAAGCACUAGACCGAGGCAGACAGCAGCAACCACCACCAGUCAUACCUGUUCGAGCCUCUUCACUUUCUGCCCCGACCUCGAGGACAACUUCCCGGGCCAAUUCAAUUACAUCCGAGCAUCUCCGUGUUCGAAGACAACAAGCAGAGACUGACUUGCGCAAGACAUUGGACAGGAUGGAGUCCGAGCGCUUGGUGCAGAAUUUAGAAGAGUGGAAUCUGGGUGAACAACGAACAUCUGUGGACAGCAAGACGGCUAACCGUCAACCAAGAAAAUCGACAGAUGCAGCUCAAUAUAACGCCUUAGGUUUGGUUGUUCCGGGUUCAACGGAAUGGGCUGCACUUCGUCCUCCCUCGGUUUUGGACACACCUUUCUCACAGCCCUCGUUUCAGUCAGCCUCACCAGAGAUCAAUGAAGCCAGGGCAAUCAAUCUGUUUCCACAUAACAAUCAUUCUUUGCAAUUAAUCGAACCUUUCCCAGUUCAAGAAUCCAAAGCUGUACUGGAAGUCCAGAGACGCAAUUUACCACAGGUCGAGGUGGAUUCUCCACUCAGAAACCCCCGACGCCCACCGGAGCCACCGCAAUUCAAAGUCAUUCCACCUACACCAGGAGAUGAACAUGACCAGCGAUUCGACUUUGAUGCAACGCAUGUGAAUGGUCGCGUGGGUUCUCUAAGGCGUCCUAGAGGAACUCGACAACGAUCGGAGUCUUUCAUAAAUUCAAUCUCAAGAAACCUCAGCCUUAAGAAUGCACGCAACCGCAAAGCUGACCAAGAUCUUGACAGCAACUUGCAUCCCUUUUGGCGACCGCGUGCCUUCUGGGACGACAUCGAUAAUGCCCGCACUGAGCUUCCUGAGGAACAGUCUGCUAGCCGAGGGAUUGUAAAUAAUUCCCUUGGUCUACCGCAGGAACGGACAGUGAUCAACGGGCCUGCUUCAUUGAUCAGGCGCAUAUCGGAACGCCGUCGACAAAAGACAGGCGUAGAGAGACAAUCCAGCCACGGUAGCCUUGCCAAAAUCCGCGCAACUCGGCGUCUACACAAAUCAUCUGGUCAUGGUCUACGUCUACACUUCGUCAGUUUGCGUGGUAUUCACAGGAGACUGCUUUAUGCUAAACAACGAAAAGAAGAUGAGAAACGAGAGAGAAGAAGAGCAAUGCUGAGGAAGAGUAUUGGGGCCAAUGUGAUUUCUCAAGGAGAUUCAAGGUUCCCAGCGAGUAACACCAGCCUUUCGAGAGACAUGUGA